CGCUGCGGUGCUUCUCGAUGGGGAUCGGUCGACGUCUCCGACUGCGGUGGCUUGCGGGCCUCGGAGGGGCUGGUUCGCUUUUGCUGCUGCUAGCUCUUUACAGGGUGAUGAACCAAUUGACUUUUUAUGCUGUCUGGAGGAUAGAGAAGCCACUCUACAAGCUUGAUGUAAAUUGGCCUAAAUUUCCAGAAGGAAUAACUGGUCAAACAUUUUGUGUGGCUGUUGAUGAAAUCAAUGGAUUAGUUUAUGUGGGACAGAGAGGUGAUGAUAAAGUGCCCAAGGUCAUAGUGUAUUCUGAGGAUGGCUAUUUCUUACAAGCAUGGAACAUUACUACCAUUGAAAUGCCCCAUGGUAUCUUUGCAUUGAAUACACCCAACAUGAGUUCAGUGUGGAUCACAGAUGUUGGAACUGGCAAGUAUGGACACACAGUUAAACAAUACAGUCCUGCAGGCCAACUUCUUCAGAUCAUAGGUACUCCAGGUAAAGCAGGUUCCAGUACAAACCCCCUGCAGUUUGACCAGCCAGCAGACAUUUAUGUUGAACAAACAGGAGACAUCUACAUUGUGGACGGUGAUGGAGGGAUGAACAACCGCCUACUCAAAUUGACGCCAGAUUUAAAGACUUUAUGGCUGUAUGGGGAAAAUGGUUCUGGUCCUACACAGUUCAAGAUUCCACACAGUGUAACAGUGGAUUCUGUCGGAAGGGUAUGGGUUGCUGAUAGAGCCAAUGCGAGAAUCCAGGCUUUUGACAGAAUCACAGGAGAAUGGUUGGGCUCUUGGGGUAGCUGCUUCAUGGAUGAUGGGCCUUCUUCUGUCAGAUUAACUCCUGAUGAGAGGUAUAUGAUCGUAGCCCAAAUAUAUAUUAACAGGGUGUUGAUCUUAGCUGCCCCACCAAUAGGAUCAAUUGGCGAUUGUACUGUGGUGGACACAAUUCAACUUGCAGAUGAAGUCAAGCCCCAUCUUCUGGAUGUCAGCAUGAAAACUGGAGCAAUUUAUGUGGCAGAACUGGGCGCCCAGCAAGUACAGAAGUUUGUGCCUUUAGACUAACAUCAUCUUUCAGACUGUACAAAUUGUGGAAUCUCCUUAUUGAUUGUGAACUUGAAAUGCACAUUUGUUUCAUUUUCUGUGCCUAUCUCAGGGACUUAAUUGUUGUCACUUAAAAAAACCUGUAUUUUAACUGUAUUUAAUUAUAUUGGCAUUGCUUAUUGUGACGUGGUUUUCCAUCCAGAAGACUCCCUUCCUCCCAAGGAAUAUUUUUUAAUAUAACUGGAAGAGUCAUUUUAUGUUGCUACUUCACACAAUCAGAAUUUUCUGUUUAUUUGUAGCUGUUUUAUGUCUAGCUGAGUUGCCUUACUGAUUCACUCCUGUGAAUGGGAGAAAACAGACCAGUCUGGUCUGUAUGUAAAGGCAGCAGGAACAACUGAGCUGCAAAACCUCCUGAGACCUGAUUAUCUCUGGGAACAACUCUGGUAUGAUCACUUAAGAUCUUCAGGCAUGGCCCCACUCCAGGGGGACUAGCUUAUUUCCACAAAGAGCAAGGCCUUCUCAGUGGCAGCCUCAAUUCUCUGAAACUCCCUUUCGAGGUACAUGCAGCCCCUCCCCCUGCUGUCCUUCUGAAUCUCCAUUUUUCUGUUAAUGAUCUGAUAUUUUCUAUUAUGUCUGUGUUUUGUACUUUUAUAUACUGCUGUGAAAUGCAUAUGAAUAACAGUGUCAUCUUUAA